GCAUUGGAAACAUCGGGAGCGGUCAAGUUAAUUUUGCGACGUGACCUUCGGUUUAAUAUGAUUUCAGCCUUUCUUCGUUCACAGUUGGAUGUCCCAUUGUAUUGCUUAUGGCUCAUUGCUGUGGCUUUUCUAUGUGAUUUGAACACUGUCUGUGGUGCUAACUUAGAUGAUGAUUUUGCAGAGUUUGAGGAUCCCGAUGACUCUUUUACUGCUGAUAUCACUGGAUCUGUUCCUGUCCAAUCAGCCCGUCAACACAAAGCUGAGAGUGUCGAUAAAAAUAUUUCAGAAAAUAGUUUCUCUCUAAACACUGGGAUCGAUCAUGAUGGCGAAUCAGUCUUUCAUACAACUAAAUCACCGACUGAUGGAGCAACCGUAGAGGAUAGCGAAUUAGAGGAAGAGUCAGAAGACAUGAGACUUGACGAUGAUGAAGAGUUUGAGGGCUUGUCACCCAAUCAACCAAUUCUAAAUACCGAUAAAACAAAAAAUGGCAAACGAAAUCUGAUAAUUGCAAAGGUCCCACAUCAUCUUACUCGUUCAUGGGACAAUUUUCAUUUGGAAAUGCUUUUUGUACUAGCCUUAAUGAUAUAUACGUUGAAUUUUGUAAUCGGACGUUCCAAAAAUGCACAGUUGGCAAACACUUGGUUUUCUGCCCAUCAGCCAUUAUUAGAAACUAAUUUUGCCGUAGUUGGUGACGAUGGUCUAGCUGAACCUGGAACUGGGACAUUAAUGAAGGAAUCAGAACAUUUAUAUUCUCUUUGGUGUACCGGAAGUGUACACUGUGAUGCGAUGCUAAUUGAAUUGCGUUUAGUCAAGCGUCAAUGUUUAUUUUUCGCAAUUGCCAACUGGAUAAGACCGGUUCAUGAUAGCAUUGUAGUGAAAGUAAUUAUGGACGAUUCUGAAAUGGAUGGUUGGGUCAUGGCGGUUGGUCGUAAGCGUCGUCUUCAAGCAUUAGCAAAAGAUCAUCAAGAUUUAGCUGUAUACUGUCCAGACAAACGUGGACAACGGCAUUCAUACCUGCCAGAAUCUUUCAUGUUUUUAAAUGAGAUUCCAGAAGUUAUCCCGGCAAUUUUCAAUCCUCUUGUUUGUAAAUUUCUGAAUGAUUUUGAAGAAUCAAUCGAAUAUUUAUUUUUCUCCGAUCAGUAUAGUGGACCGAAACCUCCCCAAGAAGAUACAAAUACUCCUACAAAACCUCCAGUUACACAGAAAGCGCUUAUUUUUGCUUUCAGAUAUGUUCCAACAACAACAAAGUCAAAAUCUUUCUCAACAUCACUUACAUCAUCAAAUAAUAAUGGUAAUGGUAAUCUUAAUAUUCAUAAUCAACACCAUCAGCAACCAAUAGAAUCGGCUACUGCCUUAUUCCAUUUUAUUUUUUAUGUGAUUGAAAAAGUUCGGCGAUUUCGUCUUAGUAAAGAGGGCAAGGCCAAAUCUGAACGAAAUAGGCAACGUGCACAUGAUUCACAUCUUAAGUUAAUGCACAGUCAACGACAGGAAGCAGCUCAAAAUCGUCGUGGUGAACGCCUACGAGCUGCUAAGGAGCGUAUAAUGGCUGAGGAUGAUCCUGAGAAAGCUCGAAAGCUUGAGGAGAAAGAACAACGUAAAGAAAAAUCAAAGAAAAUGCCAAAAAUGAAAAUGCUCAAAAUGAAAUAAUAAUAAUAGUAGUAUUAGUUGCCGACAUUCACAAAAAAUAAUAUCAUCAUAUCAGAUAAGUGAAGAAUGUUUAGGAAAAAAAACAACUCGAAGCUUGGAUGGUACUAUUAAUCGAUGUCAAUACAAACACCACACCCAAAUCAACCUAAUAUGUAACCCAACUCAAAAAUUUUGUCCGGCUAGUCGUUGUUCUUUUUGUUAUUAUAUUUUAGUGUUCGUUCCAUUUAUCAACAAAACCCCCCUACCAUUGUCUUUUUGUCCUUCUGUUCUAAAAAAUUCAUCUCAUUCGUUUUUUUUUGUUAGAUAAUAGUUACCUCAUCACGCACAUAUACACACAUACCAAAUAUAUAUAUGUUUCCUCCACACAGAAAUUGAAAAAGGAUUAUAAUAAUUACAGUAUUCUUUUGUAAUAGUUUGCAUGAUUUCCUCUUCUAUACCAUAAAUUGGUACGUUCGUGUGUUUGAUAUUGACUAUGAAGUAUAAAGUUCAUUGGUGCGUACAAAUAAUAACUAUUCUCCUUUAUUCUUUAUAUUAAAUUAUUUUUUCCUCACUCUAUCCUAUCCUUGUGCUUUAAGCGUAAGAUAUAUAUACUAUUUACUGUGAUUAUCUUUAUUACAUACUUUUUCCAUUUUUCUUUAAUAAUUCUCAGUAUUUAAUCAACUUCUGUGUACAUAUAUACAUAUUAUUUAGAUACAUGGUGUAUUUUGUGCUGUACAAAGAGGUGUAAUUUAAUAGUCAGUUGUCUUAUUCUCUUCAUUCCUACGCAAUCUAUUCAAUUUGUGUGCAUCUACUUAUCGAAAUCGUGUCGUACUAGGUUUUCUACAUUUUUCGUAUACAUCUGUAUAUGUGUUAUUUUUUCGAAUUGAUAGUAGUAUUCAUAGUAGUGGUAAUAUUUUUUAGUAUUAUAAUAAAUAAAUUCACAUAUUUUGUACCUACCGAGUUCAUUCCCAUUUUUCUUCUCACAUUAUAUUCUUGUUUGAUUAGUUAGUUCC